CAUCUUGGACCAGUAUUUACUCGGCAGCAUGGAUGAUAUAGGAACCUACGCCAUCGAGUGUUACAACUUGAGCAAGCAUUAUGGGAGAGGAAAGGGAAAAUUGCAAGUAUUGCAGAACCUGGAGAUGAAAGUACCAAAAGGAAAGAUUUACGGUCUCCUCGGACCUAGCGGAUGCGGGAAGACCACACUCCUCCGAUGUUGCUUGGGCCAAUUGAGUAAAGACAGCGGUUUGGUACUGACCCUUGGUCGACCACCACUUACUCGAGGACACGGCAUCCCAGGCAGUCGUGUUGGCUACAUGCCCCAGGAUCUUGCCCUGUAUGGUGAAUUCACAAUCAAAGAAAUGUUGAUCUACUUCGCCACCCUGCAUAAGAUGAGCCGUAAGGAUGCCCAUGCCAGGAUCGAUUUCUUAUUGGAUCUUAUCAACCUGCCCUUUAGGAACAGAAUGGUAGCAUAUCUCAGUGGGGGUCAGAAGAGACGAGUGUCCUUUGCUGUAGCCUUAAUCCAAUCGCCCGAACUUCUUAUUCUAGAUGAACCAACAGUAGGUGUUGAUCCACUUCUUCGACAGAAGAUUUGGGAGUAUCUGCUCAAAUUUGCACAGACGGGACAAACGACUAUUAUUCUCACCACACAUUAUAUAGAGGAGGCCAGAAAUGCUGAUGUGGUUGGGCUGAUGAGGAACGGGAAACUCCUGGCCGAGGAAGAUCCCCAAGUCCUGAUAAGCACUUACAACUUCCCGACGCUCGAGGAAGUCUUCUUGAAGCUGUGUAUGGCGGAUAUAGAAGGGGAUGAUGAGCACGACAUUCCGAGCAGCGUGCGCGCAGCGAGCAUCUCCGAAGUCAACGAGAGGACACGCCUACUUUCAAAUGGUCAGGUGACUCAAUACACCAAUCAGGUUUACGAAGACAUACCUGCCGUGGUAGCCCUGCCCAAUGGCAAAUCAAAUCAACACGGAAGUGGCGACGAUGACGUGUUCAUUGAUGAGGAGGCUUUCAAGCCACGCCCUAAAGUGGCUGUGGUCCGGUCAAUGUCUACCAUGACAACAAAGACUGAGACUCCAGAAUAUCACUACGACAAGCCGCCAUUAAAAUACACCGAUAUUUUCCCCAGCCUUCUCAACAUGUGGGCGCUACUUGUGAAGGAUCUACUGAAGCUGGUGAGAAAUCCAGGUCUAACCCUUUUCCAGUUCAUCCUCCCCGUGGUUGAAGUAUGCCUCUUCUAUCUAGCCAUCGGUGGUAAACCUCAGAACCUUGCUGUGGCCGUCAUCAACAACGAUCCCGACGGCGCAUUCAAUCUCAGUCAAAUCUUCCUUGCCCAAAUAGACGACUCGAUGAUCAUCCAGAAACCAGUAAAUGACUCAUUGGAUGAUGCUAUAUCAGAUCUCCGGAACGGCAAAUACUGGGGCGUUAUCGAUAUACCAGCGAACUAUUCUGAUUACCUUAUUCAACGGCAGCUUAAGGGUAUUUCAGCUGAUAAUGAAACCCUAUGGGGAAGUACUGUGAGGGUCACAUUGGAUGCCACAAAUCAACAGAUUGCAGUAUCUAUUCAGACUGGUUUAUUAGCUGCAUACGAGUCAUUCAUCGAAGUUGUUUUGACCAGCAUAGGCUUAAACCCUGCUCUUGGCCAGAUACCACUUGUGUUUCUUGAUCCAGUCUAUGGCGAACUUGAUGGACCAUUCACCUACUUCAUGGCGGCUGGAGUUAUUAUUACGAUAAUAUUCUUCCACGCAGUUGCUUUGACCUCUAUGACCUUUGUUGUUGAGCGGAAAGAAGGUCUUCUCGACAGGAUCUGGGUCUCAGGUGUGGGAUCAGGCGAAGUAAGCAUAGCUCAUGUGUUGACUCAGUUCCUCAUCAUAUCUGUCCAGAUAGCACUCGUACUCGUCUUCACAUUCGCUGUCUUUGAGCUUCCAAACGAGGGCAGUUUAUUCCUGGUUAUCCUCAUGAUGAUGUUACAAGGAUUGUGUGGAAUGGCUCUUGGUCUUCUCAUCUCGGCCUUCUGUGACUCGGAAUCCACAGCGAUUCAACUCGCCCUCGGAUCUUUUUACCCCCUUCUUCUCCUCAGUGGUGUUGUGUGGCCAAUUCAAGCAAUGCCUGAGCCAUUGUAUUACAUCGCACUGGUAUUGCCGCAAACUCUAUCAGCAGAAGGAAUACGAGCAAUACUCGGAAAAGGUUGGGACAUGAGUUACUUUGAUGUGUGGAUCGGGUUUGUAACCACUACGGCUUGGUGGCUGGUUCUCCUUACAUUAGCUACCAUCGUACUCCGAGUCAGAAGAUAAAUCUAUGUCAUCUGGGCCAUGUUGCAGAGAAAGAGAUUUGCGUUUAAAGGCAGCUCAGAAAUCAAGCACAAGUCCCCAAUACGCGUAUUUCAUUGGUUGAAAUUCAAAUUGCGUGUGAUAGUUAGAUCUGGAUUUGAUCACAACUCUUUGUGCAACAUAUCUUUGCCCAAAUCCAAUAUUCCAUUUGGGAUGUUCAACACCCAUUAUGCCAGCGAAUUGCGUCUAUACCAUGUGAGCAAGACUGGGUGUAAUUUGUAACCCUGGGGGACCCGAACAUGAGGUUAAGCAGUUGACCAAGUAUGGGACUCACACAUGUCAUUAUUUUUAUCACAAUUCUAUGGAUGCAUCUGAAUCUGUUUGUCCUUAAAGGUCAAGUCCACCCCAGGAAAAUGCUGACUUGAAUAGAUAGAGAAAAAUCAAACUAGCAUA